AUGCCUGAUCUGUGGAACAGCGGAAUGGCACGUCGGAUCCGGACAGACCAGUUACUUCCGCUCGAGGUCGACGAUGAGUAUAUCUCGGAAACUGAGACCAAAGAGCAACCGUCAGGAGUGGUAUACUUGACGACGGGCUUCCUUGCUGAGAAGAGGAUCUUGCUCGAUUUACUUGACUUGGAUUAUGACCAAAUGCCGGAGAGCCCUCGCAUCAGCAACAUGGAAUCAGAUACAGAGAUCAGGGGCUCUUACUCUGCAAGACAAAUGCCUUUAACAACCGCUCCAACCGUCCUCUUGGACCGCAUACGAAGGCUCAAGUAA